GUGACGUCACUUCCCGUUUGCCCGUGAAGCGGAGCUGACGACACAUGAUAAAACAACAUGCUACUAUCUAUUCGUGUAAUGCUUAUGUAGUUUUAGUACGAAAGUUUGUAUGUUUCUAGUAUUUUUCUAGUUUACUACAUCCACAUUUCAGAUCUCGGUUCAUCGGAAACUUAGUUAAGAUGCCUAUCCUGUGCAGCAACUGUAUUGACAAGCGCGCUGUGCUGAAACGCCCGAAAACCGGCCACUCGCUGUGCAAGGAGUGCUUCUUCUGGGCCUUUGAGGAGGAGGUGCAUAUGACGAUCGAGUCGGCAAAGUUGUUCAAACCUGGGGAAAUAGUGGGGAUUGCUGCCUCGGGGGGAAAGGACUCGACAGUGCUCGCACAUGUAAUGAAGCUCCUAAAUGAGCGAUACAACUAUAACCUUGAACUGAUGCUUCUCUCAGUUGAUGAGGGAAUCUCUGGUUAUAGAGAUGACUCCUUGGAGACAGUAAAGAGGAAUCAGCAACAGUAUGAGCUGCCAUUGAAGAUUGUGUCGUAUGAGGAGCUUUAUGGCUGGACGAUGGAUGCAAUCGUGAAGCAGGUGGGACUGAAAAAUAACUGCACCUUCUGUGGGGUGUUCAGAAGGCAGGCACUAGACAGAGGUGCCAUCAUGUUGAAAGUGGACAAGAUAUGUACAGGUCACAAUGCCGAUGAUGUGGCAGAGACAGUUUUGAUGAACGUCUUGCGAGGGGACAUAGCUCGCCUGCGCCGAUGCACUGCCAUCUCCACAGCCAGCGAAGGUGAAGGGGUCGUGCCGCGCUGCAAGCCCCUCAAGUAUGCGUAUGAGAAGGAGAUUGUUCUGUAUGCAUACUUUAAGAAGUUGGACUACUUUUCUACUGAAUGUAUCUACUCUCCCAAUGCUUAUCGUGGCUAUGCAAGGACCUUCUUGAAGGACCUGGAGAGUGUAAGGCCUAGCUCCAUAAUGGAUAUUGUUCACUCUGGGGAGAACCUGUCUGUUCGGGAGGGGGUGAAGAUGCCUGUGCAGGGCACCUGUAACCAAUGUGGCUACAUCUCCAGCCAGUCUCUGUGUAAGUCAUGUGUGCUGCUGGAGGGGCUGAACCGAGGUCUGCCGAAGCUGGGCAUUGGCAAACACCACCGCCUGCAUGACAAAAUCCUCUCCAAGGAGCCCCUCACUGAGAGGGAGCAGAGAAAGCUGAAAUCGGUAGACUUUUGAAAAUUAUUAUCCCGUUUUAUUUGUCACAAGACGUAUAGUAAGAUUUUAAAAUAAACCAUGGUUAUUAUUUUAUAGAAAUUCUACAGAAACUCAACUGUUAUUUGUCUUCAUUCAUGAUUCAGCCGCUUUUUAUUAUUUUUUUAAGUGACAUGGUUGUGAAUAUGUUCACAACCAUGGCCUGUUUAUUUCUUUUAUUUUUAUUCUGUGUUCCAAUAGCAUACGGUGACAAGGGACCAUAACUUAAUAAAUAUAUUACCAACCAUAUAUUCAUGUUUCUCCGUUUUUCC